AUGAAUUGCUCUAUACUCAAAGUAAAACAAGCGGUUGACACAAGGUGGAACUCGGUGCUAAUUAUGAUAGAAAGGUUGUUGGAGAUUAAGGAUCCACUGAUAAUAGCACUCACGAACCUGCCCUCUGCCCCCGAACCAAUAGAGGCAUCAGAAUGGGUCAUAAUAUCUGACAUUGUACCAAUUCUGAAGCCCCUCGAAUUGUUAACAGUCGAACUUUCGGGUGAACAAUAUUUAACAAUAUCCUCGGUGAUUCCACUGAUUCGAGGAUUACAAUUUCAUUUGCGAAAUAUUCAACCUGCGACAGAUAUUGGUUUGUGGCUGCAGAGUAAACUAUUAGAUGUGAUUUCGAGACGUUUUAGCAUUUUAGAAUCAAAUAAAAUUAUAGCAAAAAGCACUUUUCUCGAUCCACGGUUCAAAAAAACAGCUUUUGGAUUGGAAGAGAAUGCCAGAAAUGUCCAGGCAUGGAUUACAGAUGAGGUUGCAAGCAUGAUUGCAACUAAAACGGAAAAUGCGACCCAACUCAACCUAACACAAGCAGGAAAUGAUAGGGCUCCCUUGCAAAAACAGGGAAAUUUAUCACUAUGGGCGCAUUUUGACAGUAAACUCGCAGAAGUUGCUAUAAAGUCAAAAACUAAACCAAGCAUAAUGGCCACUCUGUGUGUAAGACACUAUUUAGAAUUGCCUCACAUUGAAAGGAGCGCAGAUCCACUGUUAUUUUGGGAAGAGCACAAGCAUAUGAUGCCAGAACUAUAUGAGCUCCAUAAAAAAUACUUGUGUGUACCAGCUAGUUCGGUUCCAAGUGAAAGAAUUUUUUCAAAAUCGGGCCAAAUUACCAAUGACAGUAGAAGUAGAUUGUUACCAGACAAUUUAGAUAUGAUUCUAUUCCUUAAUUCAGUUCUUUGA